CCGAGUUUGUUUACAUUCAUUUUUGUAGAUGGAAAUUAAACUUAUCUUAUUUAUCUAUCCAAAAACAGAAGUAUUAAUAACUUUAACGUGUAAAUACAACUAAAUGUAACUAACGAACGUGUCGCAGUAUAAAUUAUUUUAAAAUGUCGAAAGAAAGUGUAAUGUUUCAUCCAAUCAUAAGUUCUAUUCAGAGGAUAGCUCUCUACGAAACUAAAGCUCGGUUUUAUUUAAUUGGUUCUAAUAACACGCAAACUCGAUUUCGGGUACUGAAAAUCGAUAGAACUGAUGCAAGAGAGCUGAUAUUAGUAGAUGAUAAAGUUGAAUACAACAAGCAGGAGAUACACCAGCUGCUGAACAUGAUUGGCUUUGGCAACAGAGGAAGCCGGACUUCUGGUUUCAAUAAAAUAGUUUCUGCAUUUGGUAUUGUAGGGUUUAUAAGAUUUUUGGAAGGAUAUUACAUUAUAUUGGUGACAAAGCGUAGAAAAAUUGCUGUCAUAGGUUAUCAUUCUAUAUAUAAAAUUGAAGACACUGCCACCAUAUACAUACCGAGUGAUGGGAGCAAACCACAGAAUCCAGAUGAGCAAAGAUAUUUAAAGAUGUUCCAAGCAGUAGACUUAUCUACCAACUUUUAUUAUAGUUACAGUUAUGACAUUACACACACUUUGCAAAUGAAUAUGGCGCCACCGAGGCAAUUAGCACCAGUUCUGUUCCCUAAACCUGUCACUGCUGCUGUUUAUCAAACUAAGUCCACCUCAGACAUUGAAAACGAGGAACUGCAAUGCAUUUGUCAACAGAUGGAUGAUAAUGAAGACAUAUUUGAAACUUGGAAAAAGCAACUAGAAAAAAGACCUGAAAGACCUGGACUUUCAUCACAAAAGUUGGACAUUGGUGUGAGAUCGGUGCCAGAAUGGCGUUAUGUGUGGAACAGCCAUCUACUGUCUGCAGUACACUCACACCUCCACCCUGACUGGAUCCUCUAUAUUGUCCAUGGAUUCAUAGAGCAGAGCAAUCUUAAUAUUUUUGGUCGACCUGUUUAUCUCACCCUCAUAGCAAGAAGAAGUAACAGAUAUGCUGGUACUAGGUUCUUGAAGAGAGGGGCUAAUAUGCAUGGGGAUGUUGCCAAUGAAGUAGAAACAGAACAGAUUGUACACGAUUCAAUGGUUUCAUCUUUUAAAUCUGGAAGAUUCAGUGCAUUUGUACAAAUGAGAGGUUCUAUACCAAGCUACUGGUCUCAAGAUGUAUCCAAAAUGGUACCGAAACCAGCAAUUUCAAUCGAUCUCAGCGACCCUUUUGCUGAAAUCCCAGGAAAACACCUUAACAAUCUCAUGCGAAGAUAUGGAAGUCCCAUAAUGUUUGUCAACUUGGUAAAGAAAAGAGAGAAAAAGAAACAUGAAUCACUGCUGACAGAUGUUAUUAGCAAUGCAAUUAAAUAUUUAAAUCAGUUUCUGUCACCCGAACAUGCCAUACAGUACAUACAUUUAGAUAUGGCUAGGAUGAACAAAGGUGCAGAUGCUAAAGUUUUAGACAAGUUGACAGCUAUAGCGGGUAGCGUAGUUCGACGGACGGGCUUAUUCUUGAGCUGCAAUGCGAGUAGCGAGUCGGGUAGUGGGGGAGCGGACGGGCACCAGACGGGCCGCCUGCAGACCGGGCUGGCGCGCGUCAACUGCGUGGACUGUCUCGAUCGCACCAACACCGCGCAGUUCGCCAUUGGAAAAUGCGUGCUGGCACACCAACUAUAUGCUCUUGGUUUGAUCGGGGAGCCCGUCAUAGAAUUCGACUCUGAUUGUGUCCGUCUCCUGGAAGGGUUAUACGAAGAUCACGGAGACACAUUGGCGUUACAAUACGGAGGAUCACAACUAGUGCAUCGGAUUAAAACUUAUCGUAAAACUGCACCGUGGGCAUCACACGGCAACGACAUCAUGCAGACGCUCAGCCGCUACUACUCCAACACUUUUUCGGAUGCCGAAAAACAGAACAGUAUGAAUCUGUUUCUGGGACUCUUCAUUCCAGAGCUGCAGAAGCCUCAAAUAUGGGAGUUCCCAAACGACCAUUACUUACAUCAUCCUGAAGCUAUGGUGUUUAUACCUAGAAAUAAGUCUCUAACAAAAUGGUGGGACGACGACGUGGUCCAUCACCUGCCGGUUGCCUGCAACGAGAUGAGGAAGUUGUGCUGCGAGAUCAUAGGUGUUCAAGGGGACAGCUCGCUCGAGAUGAUCGACCCCUACCACGACUACAACCGCCCCUUCGAGUACACCGUGCUCUCCGAAUGCUUCGAGUUUAAAAUGUUUCAUACACUACGAGACUUAGCACCGUCGCUAUCGGAAAACUACAGUCCAUUCGUAGUGCGCGGCCGAGUGGGCCAGAACAAGGGCCCCACAUCCAAGAACCCCAUUAUUAACGGAAGGUCCAGCACUACGUCAAACAAUUCGAGCGACUCUAAUAGUGACUCUUCUUCGGAUGAUGAAGUGACGAGCACCACACCAAGUCGCCAGGUCACGCCUUCGCCACUCGCGUUGUUGUCCAAAGUUCUAGCCGAAGCCGACGAACCUGAAGAAACUCCAAUGUUUCCAGCCAUAAAGCGUUCCAACAGGAUACUACUUAACGAACCUGGAAAACGGGACAUGCUUAUGUACAAACGCUAUGUCAACUUUGAGCGAAGAUCAAAUCCGAAAUACAAGUCUGACAUCCACGUGAUAAUGACGGUUAGCAGCGCUUUUACAAUAGACAGCUCUGUAGACGUGAUUCCACCCACUGUCUCCAAGGCUUCCAAAGAAGUCUACCAAGAUUAUGUGAAGCGAAGCUUAGGCCACAUCACCGUAUCUCAAGCGUCGUUAGCCGAAUAUAAAAAAUAUAUUAAUUUUAGUCUGUAAAAAAUAAAAGUAAAAUCCUUAGGUACCAUAGUAAGUGGCAACUUUGCCCGUUUGUUUGUGAUCACCAUUUAAUAAUAGUUGAAUUAUUGCCAAAAAUAUUUAUGUUUCAAAUAUAUAUUUAUUGCAUUACCCAACCGUUUAUAUACUUUUUUACCGUUGAUGUAUGUUUCUCUGAAAACUACAAACUAAGUAAAACGCUUCAACCGGACGUAAGAACAAACUGGCUUCUUCCAGACAAAAUUUGACGAUAACGAUACGAUUACGGAGCUGUCAAAAUUCGUGGCCGAGCUUCAGGUCAUAAACUAUAUGCGUACCAUAAAUUCCAUCCCAAAUGUGUUCAGUUUUUACAUACAAACUUUAACAUUUAUAAUAUACUAAAAAAAGCUCUUCAAAGUUAGAAAUACUUAGUUAUUUUUUUCACUCUAACCGUUUUUGGGCAGUUCUUUUUCCAUUUGUUAGUAGUAGGUUCAGUUUUUUUUAUUAAUCAAUUUGAUUAAGUGAUGUGUCUUCUAACUAAAUAAAUCAUAAAACGGACCCUAGGAGCUCUAAUCCCAAAAAAAUCGAUGAAAAGUCAAAAAAUUAAGGAUUAUUUAAAAAAAACUUCAAAUCUAAAUAUCUCCUUAACAGUAAAGUUUCGGACACCAUGUUAUAGGACCAAAUCCAUCAGUAAUGACCUGAAUAAUAACCUCCUUUAAUAUUCAGUACGAUUUUCCCUGUAACCCUGUAUAUACAGUAUAUUUAUUCUAUCCGUUACCCUAGUAUCCCAUAACACAAGCCUUACAGUGCUUACUUUUGGGGCUAGGCUAAUUGGUGUGUGUUGAAAAAAAUUAAAUUAAAUUAAAUUUAUUCCAAUAUUCAUGUCGUUGAUAAUCUUGAAACACGGAAAUUGAAUAUGACAUCCAGUGAUAUCUUGCCAAAAGGAGCAUUCUCUCUUUUUAUCAACUACAAAGCUGCCAUAUACGAGAAAAAGAGGUAGCCAUAUAUCCGUUACUUGGAUCUCUGAAACUCCCUCUAUGUCUUUAGUUAUUACUCUAUCAAACAUUACUCUGACAGCUAAUUUUAUAUUUCUUUAAAACUGCAGAUAAAAAGUCAUUCUCAUCUCAUCAAAAAGUAGG